GCAUACACCAACCGAUGGAUGGUCCCUCGAGUAUCAUUGUUUAGACGACAAACGAAGAGUAUACUACCUCACAACCGGCCAUAUAAGGAAAAAAGAAAGCAAUGAAGAAAAACAAAAUUCCUGUAGAUGCAGAGAAACCACCAUCUCGAUGGAAAAGAAUUGAAGAAAACCCGGAGCAUCUUCUGCACAAACUUCUUCUAAGCAGUACCGAAGAACAUCAGUGUUUAAAGGCGUUGUUUGGUAUAAUAUGGGGUGUUGUAACAGGAGGUAUCUUCUACGUUCUUAUCACAUUCAGUUUUGGUUACGACUAUGACGUUUCCGGUUGGAUAUCCAUAGGGGUAACACUGUUAAUGUGCAUAGGUUUGGCCCUCUCCACUCACUUCCGGUGCGUUGUCAUCAUGAUUGUUCCUACCCUCUGCACAGGACGAGGGAGGGUGGCAGUCAUGGCAACCAUAUUUGGGAUCCUGCUAUCUGGACCAGUGAUGAACAUCUCGGACAACGCCAACCAAGUAUCAACUAGUAUGGCAUGUACGUCCGAACUCAUCUACAACCAAAGUCAGCUUUUGCGCAAGCAGUUGGAGGAACCCAUCAGACAAAUCGCUAGACAAAUUCAGUAUUCGUUAGAAGACUUGCAAGAAGCUGGACAAAGUCUUCAAAAGGCAAUUGACCCAGUGAGAGAAGCAGUCGAAGAUUUUAACGGCAAAAUCAAGGAAGCGGCUAACGCCGUAAAAGAAGCAGCGCAGAAAUGUCAUCAGGGAGUUAAUCAAGUUUACCAGGAUUGUGUUGAUGGGAUAAACACAGUCCGGCGUGACUGUGAGGAAGAGCUAGGAGUUAUAGACCGCUUCGGAGACACAGUUAAGGACGGUGUAGAAACCGGGUUGGAUGCAAUAGGCGACGGAAUUGAUAAAGUCGACGACAUUUUUAGAGGAAUAGGGCGCAGAAAGAGAUCCUGCGAUUGGUCACUUCCAUGGCAACUCCAUCGUCAAAUAAAGUUAGAGUGUCGGAAGGAAAGGAGGCACAAGCGUUUUGCUUCCGGCGUUUGCAGAAUAUUCGAUAUUUCCGAUGUGUGUGACGUGUUAAAGCCAGGAACGGCCUUCUGCAGCAUCUUGAAUACUUUGCAAGACGUCACCAAUGUGGCACUUAGAGAAACGCGCGACAUUAUAUUUACACUCACUGACUUCUUCGAGUUCGGCGUCAAUUCAAAUGCAGAUUUGUAUGGAAAUAUCAACUCCUCUCAGACUGCAGCACAGAUCAUGGCAAACGUCCGAGCGGAUAUCAAGGAAAGGACAGAGCUCUUCAAUAAAAUAAUCAAAGUUUUAACGUACACCUUAGCCUUUCCUUUACUGUUUCUUUUCAUUCGAUCGGCGAUGUACGUCAGGAAUUAUCGCAAGAAAGAUUACUUCGAUAACAAAUACAUAUCGAUGCGGUUUAAAAUGUAUGACGAUAGACGAAAGCAACAAGGGAAAAGGUCAGUGUUACCACUGAAAAAGAUAGAGAAAAGAAAGUACAUCGACACUAGAUCUAAACUCCUCUCCGCCACAGAAAUGAAGAUGGUCAAAUCAGGCGUUGUCUCCGUUGUUCUUCAGCUGCUGAUAACAGUAGUUACCAUUGUCGCCGACUACGUUUUAUUCUACGUCCUCAUUAUAAUACAGCGAUUCGGCAACGUCAACGUUAGCGUAUCCGGGGAUAGCAAUGUUUCUCUUAUGGUCGAAGGAAAUGGAUUUAUUGCAAAGAUGAUAGAAAGUGUGUUAACGGCUGUCGAAAUAGAUACUGAUUUUGCAGUUGAUUUCAAUAUAACCCAAUGUCUUCCUGAUCCUAAAAAACCAAAAGUUCAAACCAGUUUUGUUCUUCUCGGUUUAUAUUUCCUGGCGUUCAUUUUCAUAUUCACACAGGCAUAUGGUUUGCGCAUGCGUGCCAAGAUUGCCGCCUAUUUCUACCCAGAACAGGAAAGGGAACGUAUAAAAUAUUUGCAUGAAAAGAUUACUCUUAAACGCAAGUCUAAACUUCUUUGGUGUGCGAAAAAUUUAAAAUCCCGACGAAAGAGGAACGCCAUCUUGUCCCACAUUCCAUUGGCUGGGUAUAUCGCACAUAUAACAGAAAGUUGUAACUGUGGACCCCAGACCGAAACAACGUGUCUCGGAUGUCAAGAGGCAUUCACUGGUGUGACGGAGUUCCAUAUCUGCCGUACUACCGGAUGUGACGGCGUGUACUGUAGGGAUUGCUUUAUGGAAAUGAACGAGAAGUGCGCGGUGUGUAAAACUACCACUAAGAGUAUGAAGCGUGGAGCGGUCAAUUGGCCGAUGAGUCAGAAGAAAAAUAGAAACAAACAAUAAAUAAUCAGACUUUGCCAUUGUAGGUGCUUAAAUUCGUCAUAAGGAAUCAGCCCUUGUGUUAUGAUACUAUAAGUGAAAAUUGAAAAGAAAGCACUUUUAAAAGUUGUUGAUUCCGAUGAAUCAGUUGAUGGUUUCCUUAACGGGUUCAAGUCUCCGGUGACGGAUACAGUAAGUGGACGUUGAUGAGAAAGUUACACAGGAUAUUAGGCACAUCCCUGUAUAUACACCAAAAGGCCUGUCGGAAAAGCUUAUUCAUAUUAUUAUUUAUAAUUACAUGUAAAAGUAUAUAAAUUAUUUUCGAAUUUCUGUAUUGUUUAAUAUUUAUCCAAUAUACCCCCUAUAUAUUUCACAUGUACUUCCCGAAUAAAGAAUAUAUCUCCACAUGCCAAUGACUAUUUUAUCAAUUAAUUAAUUCAUUAUAUAAAUAAGAUAAAUCAAAUAGAUUAGAUAAAUCAAACUUACAAGUAAUUAAGCAAAUAUCUAAACUUGAUGGAUAACACAUAUCAACAAGUACAUCAUAAUAACAAGUUAUUUGUGUGCUCUGUAAUAUGAAAUCAAUAACUGCUUUGAUUAGUUAAUUACCGAUAUAUUGGCGGAUUGUUUUAUCUGACUUCUUAGACAAAUUCAGAAUUUUAUAUCCUUGGAAUACAUUGUAGAUAAAUUGAGGCAUCGUAAUUUGAUCAAUGAAGGAAAUUUGUUUUCCUGAGAGUGACAAAGAAAUUUAAGGUAUAUAUGAUAUGCAAAUCAAUAUUGGUAGUCCGGUGGCAGAGUGGUAUUCUGCCUGACAAAGGUUUUCUUCCGAUACUCCGUUUUAACCCUCUCCCGCUCAAGAAGGUUGUAAGGUGAAUAAAGAAAAAAAUAAGAUCAACCUACCGCAUUUAAAAAGAUAUUAAAAAAAAAA